GGCAGAUACAAGAGAAACGGGGGGGAGGACGGUGGAUGAUAUACGCUUUAAAAGUUGCAUUACAACAAAUUUAAAAGUUGUGGCAAAGAGGAAUAAAACAAGAUGAUAACGCCGUACUUCCUAGAGAAUUUCUGGGGGGAAAAAAAUAAUGGCUUUGAUGUGCUCUACCAUAACAUGAAGCAUGGCCAAAUUUCCACUAAGGAGCUGACAGACUUCAUCAGAGAAAGGAGCACCAUUGAAGAGGCCUAUGCCAGGUCAAUGACCAAACUUGCCAAGACAGCUGGCAACUUUUCUCAGCUUGGGACGUUUGCUCCAAUGUGGGAUGUGUUUAAGAGUUCAACAGAGAAGCUGGCCAGUUGUCACAUGGAACUAGUGAGGAAGCUACAGGAACUUAUAAAAGAGGUGCAGAAGUAUGUGGAAGAGCAGUCUAAAGCACACAAAAAGACAAAAGAAGAGGUGGCAUCUACCCUCGAGGCCGUCCAGAACAUCCAGAGCAUCUCUCAGGCUCUACAGAAGUCCAAGGAGAACUACAAUGCCAAAAUUGUGGAGCAGGAACGCCUCCGCAAAGAGGGGGCCACCCAGAGAGAUGUAGACAAGGCUGGAGUGAAAGCCAAAAAAGCCACAGAGACCUACAAAUCAUACGUGGAGAAAUAUGCCACAGCGAAGGCUGAGUUCGAACAGAAGAUGGCAGAAACUGCGCAGAAAUUCCAAGACAUUGAAGAAAACCACAUUCUCCACAUGAAGGAGAUCAUUCAGUCAUACUCAUUGUCUGUGGAUGAAACACACAUUCAGAUAGGAGAGGUGCACCAUGAAUUUGUGAGGAACAUUGAGAACACAUCAGUGGAGAGCUUAAUUCAGAAACUGGCCGAAAGCAAAGGAACAGGCAAGGAGAGACCAGGACCCAUUGAGUUUGAGGAGUGUAAUGUAGCUACUGCUGCUGAAGGUGCCAAACCCAGAAGAAGAAAACCGUUUGGGAUUCCAGGUCGGAGGAAAGACAAGGACACAGAUUCUACGGAGUCGACAGAAGUUGAAGCUGCUAACACUACCAACGGCGCUCCUCCUGGAUACUUUGCAGACAUCCAGAAUGCUAAUGUGCCUCAAGUUGAUGAAGAGGGCUUCUGUAUCAGACCAGAAGUAAAUGAAAACGAUGCCAAAGAGAAUUCCUUCUACUCGUCCAGCGACUCGGAGGACGAAGAUGAACCCAGGAAGUUCCACGUGCAGAUCAAGCCCGUUCAACCAAACAACGGCGUUCACCAGAACAAAGCCAACAUCGAUGAGCUUAAGGCCUCCAUCGGAAACAUCAUCCUGUCACCUUCGACCUCGGGACAGAUGCGGAGGAACCAGUCCAGUGAUGAACUAGGAAAACCCAGAGUGCCAACAUCGUAUGAGCUGACUAACAACGACCUUCUGUCUCUGGACCCGUUAAGUCCGGCUCAGGCAGUGGGAUCUUCCGCCACUGUGUCAUCAACAGACCUCGCCUCUAUCUUCUUUUCAAUCCCUCCAUCUCCACCUUUUCUGGUGAAUGACUCAGACUCAGAUGUCUUUCUGCCAGAGGUAUCAGCUGAGAGAGCGCCACAGCGGGAGCAAUCUCCUCCCUUGGCAGAGAGCCAACAAUCCAAAGAUGUUUCCUCUUUCUCGUCAUCUACAUCCUCUCCAUGGGAUUCACCAGAAAACCCUUUCCAAGCACUUAAGCCCGUACCGGCGAGAGCCCAGAGUGCCCCCAUCACCCAGCCAACUGAGCCAGUUGACCCCAUCAAAAACACGGCCACACCCAGCCCUCCAAAGAGUGCUGACACCUUCUCCUCUAUUUCCUGGUCCCAGAGCCAGUGGAUUGCCUUCAGUGAUAAUUUCACUCCACCUCAGUGUCAGGGCUCUGGGUCUUCUGUGAAGGAGCUCCAAAGGCUGCAAUCAGGCUCCAGCAGGUCAAGUCGCUUCCCGUGUGAUGAUUCUGCUGAUGCCCACUAUAAAGCAGCGAGUAGCAGAGAUGACAGCAGCCUCUGUUUCAGUGAUGCCUUCUCUGGGAUUACAGAUAGGGCUGCAGCUCCAACAAGUAAAAUAUUCAAUGUGCCAGUACCGAACCGACCUACAACCCCUCUGGCAGCUGGAGCCUUGGUGCCCCCUCCACGACCCUCCUCCAGACCCAAACUCCCUGCUGGAAAACUCAUGGGAAUCAAUGAAAUUGUGCGGCCAUUCAGUCCACCUAAAACAUCUAGCCCUCCUCCGACUGCACCCCUCGCCCGGGCGGAGAGCUCUUCUUCUUUGUCCUCCAAUGCCUCACUCAGUGCUGGCAACACCCCCACUGUUGGAGCUGGACACACCUUUGCUCUCCCCCUCUCCUCCCCAGAGCCUGAGCUGCUCUCCCUCUCUCCUUUCUUUCUACUAAACCAAAAGGAUGAUAUGUUCAUAGCGAAGCUGCCUACCUUUGAGAAGCGGUGUGAAACUCCAGCAGGGACGUCUCGCGGUCCCAGCCCUGUGACCCUGGCAUCCCAAGAUGCUUUGCCCAUCGCCGUGGCCUUCACAGAAUCAGUUAAUGCGUACUUCAAAGGAGCUGAUCCCACUAAGUGCAUUGUGAAGAUUACAGGAGACAUGACAUUGUCGUUUCCAAUGGGCAUCAUCAAGGUGUUCACUACCAACCCCUCCCCAGCCAUCCUCACCUUCAAGCUGAAGAACACCAGCAGGUUGGAGCAGAUCCUACCCAACCAACAGCUAUUAUACAGUGAUCCUUCUCAAAGUGACUCAAGUUCCAAGGACUUCUGGUUCAACAUGCAAGCACUGACGUCCUACCUCAGAAAAGCCUCGGAACAGAAUCCUUCAGCUUCCUACUAUAAUGUAGACAUCCUAAAAUACCAGGUGAUGUCUGAUGGGAUCCAUUCCACCCCCCUCAACCUGGCUGUAUACUGGAAAUGUACACCAAGUACAACGGACCUACGAAUAGACUACCGCUAUAACCCAGAGUCCAUGGACUCCCCUGGUCCCCUCACCAACGUACAGAUCUUAGUGCCUGUUGAUGGAGGAGUCACCAGCAUGCAGUCUCUGCCCAACUCCAUAUGGAAUUCAGAGCAGAAUAAGUGUCUAUGGAAGCUGAGCGACAUCUCAGAAAAAUCUGAAAACGAAGGUGCUGGGUCCCUGAGGGCCAAGUUUGAACUGUCAAAUGGGCCAUCACACCCCUCCACUCUGGCAGUGCAGUUUAUGAACGAGGGGAGCACCCUGUCAGGAGUGGACAUGGAGCUGCAGGGAGCCGGAUACAGACUUUCUCUCAGCAAGAAGAGAUUUGCCACAGGGCGUUAUAUGGCAGAUUGCUGAGGUGACCCCAUCACUGUGGUUGUCAAGAAACCAAGAGCAAAACAUGCCAACUCACUCGCAAGGCCUCCUGAACCUCUGGAUAAGCUGUCACAGUUUGAUUCAGGAAGCGAGACUCUCACUACAAAACAAAAACAGCACUGAGUAUUGAACACUGUUAAAAAGAAAUAAAAAAAAAAAAAAAA